AACCAGUUUAAACGUUUCUUGAACUAUCUUUAUUUUUUUUCUCCCACAUCUUUUUGCUACAAUUUUACCAAAAAAAAUAGAUAUAGUUUUUAAACAGAAGGCCACACCAAAGAAAUAUAAAUGGAAUGUUCAAAGCAUUUUGUAAAUAAAAGACGUAUUACGUUGUCAAAUUCCGUCACAUUACAUUCGAGAAUUAGAAACAAAACGAAAAUUAUGUCACAAAAAUAGUUCAGAUGAGAUAGAAUUGAUUUGCGUUUGUACGUAUACUGGUUAAUCCGAGAGUAAUAGCAAUGCGUGUACCCAAAGGGCCAUUCAAUUUCUCGUUGGUAAAACUUGAUUUUUGGCACAGAAAAUGUCAAUAUUUUCAUCUAUUCAACACUUAACUCACUUUAGAGUUUCCAAUUUUGGAUAUUGUUUGGAUAUAUAUAUAUAUUUCAUUUUUUUUAUUUUCAUUUUGUUAUAUUUCUAUCUUGACGGGUAUUUCCGUACCGUCCUUUUUUUUCUCUUCCUGUGUCUCAUUUUUUCACCAGACACUAGCUCAGCCUAUUCUAGCCAAACACUAGGUCGAACACAACAAACAAUACUCCACCUCAUGGCACACCAUAUAAGGCGUUAAUGUUCUACGUCUUAAUUUUAAUUGUGAGUUAUCUGCGUAUAACUCUGAACAUAUUUUUGCCAAGCGAUAGGUGAUUCUCUUUCUAAAAGAUUAUCUCUUCGUAUGGUGAUUAAUCCUUGCCUUUAUUCGGCAACGAGAAAAAGAAGUAACGCUUUACCGGAGACGUUUUCGUUGAAGCUCAUAUUGGCGGAAUCCAAGGGCAAAAAAAUAAGUAAUUAUUUAUGACUAAUUAUUUUUGAGAUUUUUAACGCUAACAGUUGUAAAGCAAAUUAUAUUGUCUUAAGCUGAAAACGAUCAUGUGAGAAUGGUGCAUGCGCAAAUCAACGAAGAUGUGAGAAACAUAACUAGUGCCGCAAUGAACAUGUUCAACGAUACAAAUAUAGUACUAGUACAAUCAAAUCUUCUGAAGUAUGAAGAUUCAUCAGCAACAAGAGGCGUGUCGUUUUGGAAAUGCAAUUCACGGAAGUAUUCUGCGUGUCAACAAUCUUUGAACGCUCACACAGUACCUUACACAGCUGCAACGCCACAGCCAGAUGACAUCUUAAUGAAACUGGAAGAAAUAAAGGCGUCUAUAAAGUCCAUGGUGGCUGUAGAGUGUCGCAGUGGUAGAAGCGUUGAAGAGAUCAUAACAAAUGCACAGAAUAAAAGCCCCCUUUGGUUGAUGCGUUUCAAUGUCUCAUUUGCAACGAUUUUUCUACACCACCAACCAAUUUAUCGUCUUGCUGCAGGCAAAUUCUCGGUUGUGCGAGCUGCAUUUUACAAUGGGCAGUAAACGAGGAGCGGUGCCCACACUGUUGUUCCAUUGAUAUGAACGCUUAUACUGUGGAAAGAUUAAAUUGUAUUUUAGAAGUCCUUAAAAAUAUUAUAUUUAAUAACUGAAAAUCUGUUGUUUUUACUUAAUGUUAAAAUGUCAUAGGUAAUAAAAACACGUUUUGCAUCUAAGAACAAGCGAUAAAAAAACAUAAUAGUUACUUCUUUAUUGGUCGAAAAAGGGGGCCAGAUAUUUGCCACUUUGAUAGCACAUUCGAAAUAAUUCAGUCGGGCUUCUGCGGCAUGCCUUUUCAUUAUGUCGCAGAGAAAACAUUUAUACAGCUAAAAAAUAUUUGUUACAUUAAAAUAUGCCUAACCAAACAGACGUCUGGAAAUUUUAAGGUUGGUUUCGAGACUUCCAUUUAAUUUGCAAGUACUUUAACCCUAUUCGGUCCGGGGUUUUUCGAACAUACCGGGGUGCGGAAUCCGCCCCCCCCCCCUCAAUAACUUUUCAUAUGCUUGUCCAAAUUGAAUCAAACUUGGCACACCUAUAGUACGUCACAAAAACAAAAUGUCAGCAAUAAAUUUUUGCUUACGUCAUCACAUUUUGUAUGAAGUCAUCAAAAGCUUGAAAUUUGUUCAAAAUGCCACUAUCUGCUUAAAAUUCAAUUACUUUAGUUCUAGAACGAAUUUUUACAUUCUGUUUGAAAUUUCUGAAAGCUAAAUAAAUUUAACAUAUUUUCCGGUUUUCACACAGAUCGUAUGAAAAAUUGCCAAAUAUUGCCCGAAAAUUCGGUUUUUAUCGAUUUUCGGAUAAAAUCCGAAAAAAUUGGGAAAUCGGAUUAACCACGUGACCAAAACAUGCAAAAUGAUUCUUCUUGAUGAAACAAAGUCGUGUUGUAAGUUUCAAGUUCUAAACAUAAUCCUAACAAAAAUUAUUAUAUUUUUCCUAUUAUAAGGGUUUCAUAGAGAUUUUUAGGGGUAGUUUCGAGUAAUAGCUAAUAUCAAAGCCUCUGAAAGGUAUGGGACCAAAAAUUUUGUAUGCAGGU